AAAAAAAAUACACAUUCCUCUUUCUCUCUCAACUCCCCCCUCUCUCUUAUAAAUACACAGUUCCAUUUCUUCUUCAUCUCCAACUUCACUUCACUUCAUCUUCAUCUUCAUCACCAUAAAACAAUGGCAAGCUUGGCGCGUGUGAAGGAGGCCGUGGUUGUCGCGCCCUCCGAGCCAACCCCUUCUUGCGUUCUCAGCCUCUCCGCCGUCGACUCACAGCUCUUCCUUCGCUUCACUAUAGAGUACCUCCUAGUCUACCCUACCCGCCAAAACACCAACCAGGCUUUAACCGCUACACGUGUCAAGGCCGCACUGGCUAAAGCCCUCGUCCAGUACUACCCGCUGGCCGGUCGGGUCAGGCCCAAACCCGACGGCUCGAGCCUCGAGGUGGUGUGUCGGGCGCAGGGUGCCGUGUUCAUCGAAGCGGUUUCCGACCGCGCUGUCUCGGAGUUCCAACAUGCCCCGCGCUACGUUACCCAGUGGAGAAAGCUCUUGUCGCUCCACGUGGCGGACGUCCUCAAGGGGGCCCCGCCGGUAGUGGUUCAGCUGACGUGGCUGAAGGACGGAGGAGCCGCACUGGGAGUGGGGUUCAACCACUGUGUCUGCGACGGAAUCGGAAGCGCCGAGUUUCUCAACUACUUCGCUGAGCUGGCCGCCGGAAAACACGGACUCGGCGAGUUCCGACCAAAGCCCGUCUGGGAUCGCCACCUCAUGGACCGUAAAAACGUAAUUCCACGUCAGCAAAACCUCCCAGUUUUCAACAAAGUCCCGGACCUCUGCGGCUUCAUGAAUCGCUUCACAAACGAAAGACUAUGUCCGACCUCCGUUGUCUGCAACAAAACAUACGUAACCGAGUUAAAGAAUCUAGCUCGGUCGACGAGUCGACUCAGUAGCGAGUCAGGUUUCACAUCUUUCGAGGCACUUUCCGGUCACGUAUGGAGGAGCUGGGCGAGAGCGUUGAACUUACCGUCCAACCAAAUUUUAAAGCUGCUGUUCAGCGUCAACGUACGUCAGCGAGUCAAGCCGAGUCUUCCGGGGGGUUACUACGGCAAUGCGUUCGUCUUGGGAUGCGCGCAGAGCAGCGUGAAGGACUUGACGGAGAAGAGGCUGGGGUACGCGGCGGAGCUGGUGCGACGCGCCAAGGAGCGAGUGGGGGAGGAGUACGUGAGGGGGGUGGUGCAGUCGGUGAGCGGCGAGACGAAGGCGAGUCCGGACUCGGUGGGGGUGCUGAUAGUGUCGCAGUGGUCAAGGUUGGGCCUGGAGAGGGUUGACUUCGGGAUGGGCAGGCCCGUCCACGUGGGGCCCAUUUGCAGCGAUAGGUACUGCUUAUUUCUGCCGGUGAAUGACGACGGUGGUGAAAAUGGCGGUCAGGGGAAUCUGUGAAGGUGAUGGUGGCUGUCCCCACCAGUGCGGUUGACAAAUACGAGUUGUUAGUCAACAGUCCUUACUCGUGAGGUGAGAGAUUGGACCAUUACAGUACAUGAUUCUCUGCUCCUGACCUCACGCUCGUUGACUUUAUCACGUUAUUUUAUAGUGUUUCGGAGUAUUGGAAACCGGGAUAAGAAUAUCCUGGAGUUAGAGUUUCAGAUUGGAUUGCCUCUUUGUAUGAAGCACACAAGUCAUCGAGAUUUUCUGCUUCUCAUGAUCUCAUUCUCACUA